AUGGCCGCCGUUAUCACGCUUUCCGGGCGGGAGCCUACGUCUUUCCCAACGAUGAUGGUGCCCCCGAAUGUAAAGUUCGAGAUUGACGACGUCGAGAGUGAAUGGAUCGGGGAAAAGAAGUACGACUUCAUCUUCAGUCGCUACCUCUCCGGCUCCUUGGCAGAUUGGCCUACAAACCUGAACCCCGGCGGCUGGGCCGAGUUCCAAGACUGGAGCUUCGAACUCUACAGCGACGACGGCACCCUCGAGGGCACAAUAAUGCAGCACUGGAUGAAGCUCUUCAUGGAAGCGUGCGAUGUCUUCAAGCGCGACGCAAAAGUCGGUCUCAAGCUCGAGAGCCUGGUUUCCGAAAACACGGGUCUCGUCAACGUUUUCCACAAGGGGUUCAAGAUCUCCGCUGGACCUUGGCCGAAGGACGCGCACCUGAAGGAUAUCGGCAUGUGUAAUCUGAUUCAGAUGCUGGAUGGGCUGGAGGGUUUCUCGUUGAGGCUUUUCUGUGGAGGACUGAAUUGGACUGAGGAGCAGGUGGUGACGCUGAUGAAGGGUGUUCGUGAGGAGUUGAAGUCUGGAAAGGUUCACGCGUAUUUGCAUUAUAAUGUGGUAUACGGACAGAAACCCGAGAGCGCGUAA